AUGCCUCGAGUGGCCCACGCCCCGCGUGGAAAUGGCAACAAUUCCAGAGUGGCAUCUGGCUCUGUCGCUGCUUCACCUUUCAAGUCACCGGUCAAAAUACCACUCAACGAUGAUGCACAAGAGAAGGCCAAGAGGAUGCAGUCGCGCCAUGCGCUGCAUGACAUACAUAUGAACCAGAUCAAAGCUGCAGCAUCUCCAAUGCGAAAACUUGCGAAUUUCGACCGAGCAGGAAGUUCCUCGCCCUCUUCGAACCCCAAAACCCCACGACGGCUUGGCAGCAAGGAGCACGACCUCGAUGGGGCCGUUUUGAUGGUUGGCGGAACAGCAGUCACUCCAAUGAAACGCGUGCCUCUUCUGGCCAAUUUCGAGGAAUGGAUGAAAAUGGCUACAGACAACAAAAUUAACGCUACAAACUCGUGGAACUUUGCGCUCAUCGAUUACUUCCACGACAUGUCGCUUCUAAAGGAAGGUGAUGGUGUCAAUUUCCAGAAAGCCAGUUGUACUUUGGAUGGUUGCGUCAAAAUCUAUACCAGCAGAGUUGACAGUGUCGCUACGGAGACUGGAAAGCUACUGAGCGGUCUUGCCGACAGUGGAAACAACAAGAAGAAGCGGGGCGAAAAUGAAGAAGGCGAAGAGAGCGAGGAAGAAGUAGAGGACGAGGACGGGGUUGUGAGGAAGAAGCCGAAGAAGAGG